AUAGCAGGUUUCUUUUGGAAUUCACACAUUGGGCGUCUGGCGCUACCCCCUAAAUGGUACUUUUGUUGUCUUUUCGUUCAAGACAGCCAGCUUCUUCCAAGAUCAGAACUGCCUGCUGGCCUCCCUUGAUAAACAGCCCACCAGCUCUCUCGGUAGAUCAGAUGUUUAAUAGUCAGCCUAACUUAUUGUUUAUCUAAGUAGCAAUUUUGACUGUGAUGAAAUAAUAUUUUAACUGCAGGGGAAGCAUUAUGGAUAGCUCCUGCACAGAAUCUAGAGGCUGGGAAUGGCCAACAGGGCAUCCUGUACCAAGAGGAGAGGACCACUCCAUCCUGGCUGGCAGUUCUCCAUGUCAGAGAUGCCAUCAUUAGAUGCUGCUCCAAAGACCUAAGGGAGAUGUGCCCCAGAGAAGCAUAUGGACCCAAUCCUUUCCACUAAGGCUCAAUGGCCCAGCAAAAUAUGAAAGUGAGACCUGUGCUUCUAAAGCGUAACAGUCUAGAGUCAGUGGAGUUUGUGAAACAAGCUCACCACCGCAGGAGCAAAUCCCAGCAGGUGAGAUUCAAGGAAGAUGGGACCACAAAGAACCCAACUGGCCUAGCUGAGGUUGACGUCCACACUCCUGAAGACCCGGUGGUGAUGGGGAAGACUCCAGCAUCCAGGCACCAUCACCCCCCUACCUACUCACUCUCCUUCCCCAGGUCCCAGAAGGCAGGGGGCUUUCGGAACAUUGCGAUCCAAACUUCCCCCAGUCUCAGGAAGCAUUUCCCAGUUUUCAAAAGGAAGAAGCUCACAUCUAGCAAGUCCCUGGUGGAAAUGCCAACAGCAUCCCCAAGUGCCAGCCAGGUCAACGGCACCCUCUCCGAACAGGACAUUGUAUCUUCUAACCUUGCCUACUUGAGGUUGGCUCAGCAUCUUGAAGAUGGGCCUCAAAGGGUCAAGGCGCCCCACCCGUUUCCCCCUGGGGUGUCCAAGGUGCAGAGCAAUGGGCCUGCUAGCAUCUGCUUAGAAGCAGGAACCUGGAGGUCUGCAGAGAAAGCAACAGCUGCCACUCAGGUCCCAGAUGAUAUUUAUCACAGUCCUUCCUGGGAUGCUAGAGAGUACACUUUCAGUCCAGACAGGCCGGCUGAAAUAAGCAACUCUCUACACCCUUUGGUUGACACGUGUACAGGUGAUAGGACAAGGGUGACUCCACCAGAUUCAGAAAGAUCCCCCUCCUGUUCAAAUGCCACCAGCGGUGCCAACCACAUGCCAGGCACAGAGAAACUCAAACCUGAAUUGCUUUUGCCCAAAGACAACACGGAUGACAAAGACCUUGGCCCACUGUCAUCUCAGUCAAAGGAAACGUGUGUUCCCUCACCUCCACGGACUCACAGCUCCCCCUCGCCAGGUUUGCACAGCCAGCCAGCCCUUCCAGCAAGAGCCUCAGACUGUCCUGCAUCCAGUAGCAAUCACCAGAAUCUGGUGUCACUCAAAACUAAAAGUGCAUCAAAAUCUGCCCCCGUGUGUCAGGAGCAGAUGGCAAAGGACCCCACCCAGUCGGACACCCUGGAGUUUCCAAAUUGUCCAGGAAGCAGUUACCCCCCAUCCUCCCUUCCCAGGAGUGAGACCAAACUUCAGAGCAACAGGGAGAUUAGCGGCAUUAAUCAAAUUCACCUGGCACGGGGUGAACUCUGCGACCUCCAAGGCCGGCUGCAAUCCGUGGAGGAAUCUCUGCACUCAAAUCAAGAGAAAAUUAAAGUCCUUUUGAAUGUAAUUCAAGACUUGGAGAAAGCUCGAGCUCUCACUGAAGGGCGCAACUUUUACCGAACUGGCCAAGAUCUCAACAACUGCAGCACCUGCCAGAACAUGGCCUGCAUCAUCUACAGUGUAGAGUAUGAUUUUCGGCAGCAGGAAGGCAGGUUCCAUGAAGUUCUGCAGAGUCUGGAGGAAGCCGAGCCAGUUGAAGAGGCAUCUCCCCCACCAAAGUCCCCAGCAGAACCCCCAGUCCCAGAAAAGCAGGACUUAAGGCGGAAAACCAAGAAAGUGAAGAAGAAAUGUUUCUGGUGGAUCUGAGUUCAUUGGGACCAUCCCCUCCACCCUUCCCUUGUACCUCCCUGAGAUGGGGAAGCCACUGCCUCAUGGGCUUCCCUGCUUCUCUGCAAAGGCCCCAGGCUGUGAGCCCCUUGUCCUGUGAAGCAGGAGCGCCUUGGAUCUGGUUCAGUCACCGCUGGACA